AUGAUUAUGACGUGGUUAUAUUUUCUUCUUAUAUUAACUUUCACUGCAUCUACAAUAUCAGAUUCGAAUGAAUUUCAAAUCAAAUCAAAUGAAGCUUUGCAAUUUCUUCUUCGUGCUCGGCGUACUUUGUUUCAUCCGGGCAAAACAAAAUGUGAAGAGCAAAAACGUGAAGCUAGUAAAGCUUAUGAAGAAAAGUGUACAGUAUUAGGUAAACGUUUUUGCCCAAAAUUAAGUGCAUGGAAAGAAUUUCAACAAUGGGAAAUUGGUGGUGGUUAUGAAAGUAAACGGAAUCCAUUGCCAACACAACCGCCAGCGCCACACAUAAACACAAUGCGUACACAUCAAACACGUCUGUAUACACCAGCAACAUUGCGUACAUAUAAAACACCAAUGUAUGGACCAGUAACAAAUCGACCGAAGGAUCGCAUGCCUAAUCAUAGAAAUGACUUUGCAAUACCUGAUCCCAAUGAAGAUUAA